GAAUGGCCAGAUAUAAAUAUGGCCCCGUCCAUCGCCUUUUCUUUUUCAUCAUCCUCAUCCUCAUCCUCGUCAAUCGUAGCUUCAAACCUCACAAGCAAAAAACAAGAUCUAUUCCAAGCUCCCAUAUCGCACACCCGUCCACCACUUCCCACAAUGGUUCAGAACAAGUCCGUCGUUUUCUUGAAGCACCCCACCGAGUACCCCGUCCCAGGCGAGCACUUUGCGGUUCAAACUCAUGAGCUCAAUGUCGAUCUCAAAGAUGGCGAUGUCCUUCUCCGCAACCUCUUCAUCUCCUUGGAUCCUUACAUGCGUGGAAGAAUGAAGGACACGACCAAGUCUUACACGGCCGGUUUCGAGCUCAACAAGGUUUUGGAUGCCUCCGGUGUGUCUGAGGUCAUCGAGUCCAAGAACAAUGCAUAUCCUGUUGGAACUAUCGUCACUGGAAUGAUUGGCUGGGAGCAAUAUACUAUUAUUCGCGGUGCUAAGGGUCUCCGUGUCAUCCCCAAUGCCCGCGAUUCCAAGAUUCCCCUCUCAGCCCACGUCGGUGUUUUGGGCAUGCCCGGUAUGACCGCCUACUCCUCACUCAAGAUCAUUGGACAACCCAAGACUGGCGAGACUAUCUUCAUCUCCGCCGCAUCCGGCGCUGUCGGCCAGGUCGUUGGCCAGAUCGCCAAGAGACUUGGCCUUCGCGUAGUCGGCUCUGCCGGCUCCGACGAGAAGGUGGAGUAUCUUCUCAAGGAUCUCAAGUUCGAUGCUGCCUUUAACUACAAGAAGGGCAGCAUCCUGGAGAGCCUCAAGACUGCCGCCCCCGAGGGCAUUGAUAUCUACUUUGAGAAUGUCGGAGGCGAGACCCUCGAGGCUGCUCUCGAGGUCAUGAACACCCACGGCCGUAUUAUUGCCUGUGGAAUGAUCAGCUCCUACAACACCACGGCUCCAUAUGGCGUCCGCAACCUGUUUCAUAUUGUCGCCAAGCGUAUCACCAUGCGUGGAUUCAUUGUCUCCGACUUUGCUGCCGAGUGUGGAGCCGACUUUGCCAAGGAUGUUGGAUCGUGGUUGGCGAAUGGAGAGAUCAUCUACAAAGAGGACGUUGCGGUCGGCAUCGAUAACGCUCCCGACGCGUUUGUCGGCAUGUUGCAUGGCAAGAACUUUGGCAAGCAGGUUGUCAAGAUUGCCGAUUUGUAAAUCUAUUAGCUUUUGUACACAAUAAAACGAACGCAUUUUUUGCAACAACUUUAUCAAGGCGCGCUUUGUGUAACGGCGGAACGAGACGAAAGUUUGCCACCAAUAUGCCCAGUCGCACAAGUUCUGCUGGGGCUGUAUAUUUUUAUCCUUUUCCAAACGGAG